AGUCGCGGCCGGGCGCGUGUGCCGCGUGACACCACGCGUUUCGCUUAGGGCGAGAUAGAGCUCAGAAAGUCAGGCGGCUUCGCCCCGUUGCUUGCAGGGCUCUCGUGCGCUCUUCUUCGUGCUGAAAGAACAAAUUGUACGGAGUACCAUCGCCUGAUUUCAAACCUGCAGCUGAUCGACAACUACGAACACUUAACAUCGAUCAUCCCUUGGAGUGUCAAGCAUGGAUAUCGAUCCGGUCCCCUCAUCUUCGCCUGGCUUUGGCACUCCCCUACACGCUUUUCGCAAAACAAGGUCCAAUCCCCCCUCGACACGAACUUCGAUACUUCCUAUCUUACUUCCACCUUCCACCCUUCGUCCUGUAGCCUUUCGGACUUUUACGCGAAAACAUAAUUUGACCAUCUCAUCGUCCGCUCUUCAGACCUUGGCGAGCUUUGUGGGAAAAAACUGUGGCUCGGGAUGGCGGGAAGAAGGCCUCGCUGAACGUGUGCUGGAUGAAGUUGCGAAAAGCUGGAGGAGAGCCGGAGGGGGCGUGAUUGUUGAUGAAGGCAAGGGAGCCUCACUGAAGGCCAUAUUGCAAGUCCUGGAGGGCAAUAUGAGUGGAGGACGAUUGGUCGCUGGGAAAAAUACACCGAUACAUGAGGUAACCUCGAGCAAGUUAAGUCCAAACUUGGACAGCAAUCUGAUUUCAGAGACUGUCCCUGGAGCGAACACUCGCGAAGGCGGAGAGUCUGAAGAGGGCGACUUGAUUCUCCACCCCAGGCGAUGGUUGAAAGUCAUUGAGGCAUUUGAUAUUCCGCGUCUAACAUAUCACGGGGACAUGAAGCAUUUUGAAAUUGCUAAAUCAAAGCCCUCGCUCUUCCCGGCGCCGUCUCAUAAAACUGCCUUGUUCAGAGAUCGCUACAACAUUGUUCACCAACGGCUACUCCGAAGCGAAUCAUUCCAAACGUCAUCCGGGCUAUCUAGCCAUUCGUUACCCUCCCGAACUUUAUCAACCGGUUACAAACUGACACCAAUUGCAAAUCUGCUGGGAAGAAGCGGGACAUCCCACCUAAUUCUUGGCUUACUAUCAGUGUCACCUACGGGAGAGCUCUCUCUAAGUGACCAAACAGGAAGCAUUGUUCUUGAUCUGGGUCAUGCACGUAUCGUCCCGGAGGACGGUUCUUGGCUUGUCCCCGGCAUGUUUGCUCUCGUGGAUGGAAUCUAUGAACAAGAAGGACAUGUUAAGGGUUCCUCACUCGGCGGGAAUUCCGGCGUAGGGGGUGCCAUCGGAGGGAGAUUUAUAGGCAUAUCGAUCUGUGGGCCUCCAUGUGAGCGACGCGAUAUCACCUUGGGAACAAGGCACCGACAAAGCAACAGUGAAAUUAGCUCAAGUGGAGGUCUUGGCUGGGUCGACUUCCUCGGUGUUGGGAGUGAGCGGGCACGAGGCCCCCGCAUGAGACAAAUCCAGGCCCAGUAUCUACAAACUGUUCACAAUAACGACGGACAUGGCCGCCGACUCAAAAUAGCUAUAAUGAGUGAGGUCAAUCUUGACAGCAUAGGAACGCUGGAAGCACUAAAGACGGUCUUCAAUUACUACAGCAAGCUCAACGUGACUGACAUUCCUGUGGCAUUUGUGCUAAUCGGGAAUUUCGUGCAAGAAGCAAUAAUCAAUAGCAGUGGUCAGGCAGGCAGUAUCGUGUAUAAGGAAUACUUUGAUGCACUAUCCUUGACACUCUCUGAAUUUCCUUUGCUCCUACAGCAAUCAACAUUUGUCUUUGUCCCAGGCGACAAUGACCCAUGGUCAUCAGCCUUUUCUACUGGUGCUGCUUCCACAGUACCACGUCAUGCUAUCCCAGAGUUGUUCACCACCAGAGUGAAACGCGUCUUUGCCACAGCAAAUGCGCAUGCCGAUCGUUCCAAGAUGAGUGAGCCGCCCGGUGAAGCAAUUUGGACUUCUAAUCCCGCGCGUUUGACCCUAUUUGGACCUCUUCAUGACAUCGCCAUAUUUCGAGACGACAUAUCGAGUAGGCUUCGACGCACUUCAAUCAAGGUCGGGUCAGACGCCGGCUUGAAAACGAUCGACCCAGAUGAGAACAGUGGCUUGGACUUUGAAGAUCAGUCAGCUCCUCGUACGCAACACACGUCUCCUGAAUCCAAUGCGAUGAAAUCCAUCACAGCUAUUGCCCGGAAACUUGUCAAGACCAUCCUCGAUCAAGGGAUCCUAUCACCUUUCCCGCUCCCUAUGCGCCCUGUUCUCUGGGAUUAUGUAUCUUCACUUCAGUUGUAUCCACUUCCAACCGCACUGAUCUUGGCCGAUUCGGAGUCAGUUCCGUUCUGCAUAACAUACGAAGGCUGCCAUGUUAUGAACCCAGGAAGGCUGUUUCCAGAAAAUGGUCUGUCUUCAGUCCAGUGGAUAGAGUACGACGUCCUCAGAAACAGGGGGCGUGUCAGAGAAGAGCGUUUCUAGUCAUUUCGAGAAAAUGUGACCCGGAUGAUUUCUAGAAAUGAAGACGGACAUCUCAUUC